UCUUUUUAUUUUCUGUUGUCGUUACUUAAUUGAUAAAGUUUUUGCGGGGGGCGCCUCUCCAGAUAACCCUCACUUCUAAAUUAAUAAACAUUGCACAAUGGUUCAACUAACACAUUUGCUCAGGAUGGCUUCCCGAAGCAAGGAUGCCGCCAACUUCUUGACCGACGGCAAGAAGAUCGUGGGAGUGGCUCUUAACUACAUGGACGUCGUAAAGGCCAGGAAUGUUCCCGUGCCCACUGAGCCGCUGGUAUUCCUGAAACCCACUUCCUCUUACAUCCAGGAGGGCCAGUCCAUAGUGCUUCCUAAAGUGUUUACCAAGGUGGCCUAUGAAGUGGAGCUGGGCGUAGUCAUUGGCAAGCCCUGCAAGAACGUCUCCAAGGCAGAUGCCAUGAGCUAUGUAGCAGGCUACUGCCUAGCUCUGGAUCUCACGGCUCAGUGCAAUUUGGGUGCAGCUAGAGCGGCUGGACAUCCGUGGACCCUCGGCAAGGGAUUCGACACGUCGACGCCCGUCUCCAAGUUCAUUCCCGCUGACCAAGUGAAUGAUCCUCACAACCUGCCACUAUGGUUGACAGUUAAUGGAGAUGUGAAACAGAAGGGCUGCACCGCCGACUUGAUAUUCAAGGUACCCGACAUCAUUUCCUAUGUGUCCAAGUUCAUGACCCUGGAACCCAACGAUCUGAUCCUUACCGGGACGCCCAACGGAUCGGAUGCGUUCAAGGAAGGCGACGUGAUUGAGUGCGGAAUGGCUGAGCUAGCCAAGUUCAAGUUCCAAGUGUGUGGAGAAUAAAUUCUAGAACUUGAUAGUUCAAUAUA